CUCUAUAUAUAACCCCCACCAAACAUUCACUCACACUUCAUCUUCCUCUUUCAAACUCAAACCACAACCCUAAUAACCAAGCCUCGUCCGGGUUCGUUUCCUCCUCAUCGGAACCCGCGUCGGCCAGAUCUACUUUCUCCACUCCUUAGGGUUUCUGUUUGAAAAUCGAAGAUGGUUUCUGACGCCAGCAAGAAGAAAGCCGCUCAGAAGAAAGCCGCCGCCGCAGCUAAGCGAGGUGGAAAGGCCGCAGUCGCCGCAGCUUCUUCUAAAGCCGCUGAUAAGGUUGCUGACAAAAUUGCCGAUAUUAAGAUAUCGGAUCGGACGUGUACUGGCGUUCUCUGCUCGCAUCCUCUUUCCAGAGAUAUUCGGAUAGAGUCUCUGUCUGUUACUUUCCAUGGGCAUGAUCUCAUAGUUGAUUCGGAGUUGGAGCUGAAUUAUGGAAGACGUUAUGGUUUACUUGGAUUAAAUGGAUGUGGAAAGUCUACACUUCUUACUGCUAUUGGAUGCCGGGAACUUCCUAUUCCUGAGCACAUGGAUAUUCAUCAUCUUAGCAGGGAAAUUGAAGCCUCUGACAUGUCUGCAUUGGAAGCUGUCAUAGCCUGUGAUGAAGAAAGGUUGAAAUUGGAAAGAGAGGCUGAAACUCUGGCAGCUCAGGAUGAUGGUGGUGGUGAAGCCCUUGAGCGUAUUUAUGAACGGUUGGAUGCCCUAGAUGCAGCAACUGCAGAAAAGCGUGCUGCUGAAAUCUUGCAUGGUCUUGGUUUUGACAAGCAGAUGCAAGCAAAGAAGACUAGGGAUUUUUCUGGGGGUUGGAGAAUGAGAAUUGCGUUGGCACGAGCUUUGUUUAUGAACCCUACCGUGCUUCUACUUGAUGAACCUACUAAUCAUCUUGAUUUGGAAGCUUGUGUGUGGCUGGAGGAAAGUUUGAAGAAGUUUGAACGUAUUUUGGUUGUGAUAUCACAUUCCCAGGAUUUCCUUAAUGGUGUCUGCACAAAUAUUAUCCACAUGCAAAGUAAGAAGCUGAAGAUGUACACUGGUAAUUAUGAUCAAUAUGUUCAGACACGUGGUGAUUUGGAAGAGAACCAGAUGAAGCAGUACAAGUGGGAACAGGAGCAGAUUGCCAACAUGAAAGAGUAUAUUGCUCGGUUUGGUCAUGGUUCGGCUAAACUAGCUCGCCAGGCUCAGAGUAAGGAAAAAACACUGGCAAAAAUGGAACGAGGUGGACUUACAGAGAAGGUAGUUAGAGACCAAGUUUUAGUAUUUCGUUUUACUGAUGUGGGAAAACUUCCCCCUCCCGUUCUCCAGUUUUCUGAAGUGAGUUUUGGAUACACUGAAGAUAAUCUCAUCUACAAAAACAUUGACUUUGGGGUUGACUUAGACUCUAGGGUUGCUCUGGUUGGACCUAAUGGUGCCGGAAAGAGUACACUACUGAAGCUAAUGACAGGUGAUUUGUUUCCUAGUGAUGGCAUGGUCAAGCGUCAUAAUCAUCUCCGAAUUGCUCAGUAUCAUCAGCACUUGGCUGAAAAGUUAGACUUGGACAUGCCUGCCCUUCAGUUUAUGAUGAGAGAAUACCCUGGAAAUGAGGAAGAGAAGAUGAGGGCAGCUAUUGGGAGGUUUGGACUGACAGGUAAAGCUCAGGUGAUGCCUAUGAAUCACUUAUCUGAUGGACAGAAGAGUCGAGUCAUAUUCGCGUGGUUAGCUUGGAGGCAGCCUCAGUUAUUACUAUUGGAUGAGCCAACUAAUCAUUUGGAUAUUGAGACAAUCGACUCUCUUGCUGAGGCUUUGAAUGAGUGGGAUGGUGGUUUGGUUCUUGUUAGCCACGAUUUUAGGCUCAUAAACCAGGUGGCCAAAGAGAUAUGGGUGUGUGCUGAUCAAAAAGUGACCAGAUGGGAGGGUGACAUUAUGGAUUUCAAGAAGCAUCUAAAGGCAAAGGCAGGGAUAUCUGACUGAAGCAGUUAGUGAGAUAUAGAGAUAGAAGAUAUAGGCCAAACCACCAACCUUUGCUGACAUCAAGUUUAUUAAAUAAAUCUGGUUUGCUGGGAUAUUGGCUGUUCCGUAGUAAUAUUACUAGCUAAGGAUUUAGUUCAACCAAUAUCUUGGUGGGGUGCCUCCAUUUUUUGCAAUGUUGGGGGUGGUGGAUUGUUGAGGUCAAUGGCGAAUUGGAAGUGCUAUAUCAUUUUUGUUUGGAUUGAGUUUAUAUUUUUUUCACCUUGGUGGACUUGAUAUUAUUUUUUCUCCUUUAUUAUUUGUUGUGCUUAUCAUUUAAUUGCUUGGUUUUUGACCAGCAAGAGGGAUGAUUGGACACCAUCUAAAAACCUACAAACCAUGCUUGUUCUAUCAAAUUUGUUGUACGGAGAUUACUAUAUUUAUCAUAUUAGUAGUUAGUAUUAUCAUCA